AUGAGGUCUGCAGGGCUUUGGGCAGGAAUGGCCAUCCUGCUGCUGGUUCAAUGCAGUGCUGCUACCAAGCUAGUUUGCUACUUCACCAAUUGGGCCCAGUACCGUUCGGGCGCGGGGCGCUUCCUCCCCGAGAAUGUCGACCCGAAUCUGUGCACCCAUCUCAUCUACGCCUUCGCCAACAUGAACAACAACCAGCUGACAACCUACGAAUGGAACGAUGAGAUGCUCUACAAGACCUUCAACGGGCUGAAGAGUCAGAAUCCUGAAUUGAAGACCCUUCUGGCCAUUGGAGGAUGGAACUUUGGAACUCAGAAGUUUACCACCAUGGUGUCCACUGCCACCAACCGCCAGAUCUUCAUCCAAUCGUCCAUCUCCUUUCUGCGCAAACAUGGGUUCGAUGGUCUAGACCUAGACUGGGAGUAUCCGGGGACUGCAGACAAAGCACUCUUCACUGUCCUGGUGCAGGAACUGAUCAGUGCCUUCCAACAAGAAGCCAAGUCGACUGGGAAAGAGAGGCUCCUUCUGUCUGCUGCAGUAGCUAUAGGGAAAAGCAAAGUUGACAAUGGCUAUGAAGUCGAUAAAAUCUCUAAGUACCUGGAUUUCAUCAGUCUAAUGUCCUAUGACUUCCACGGCACCUGGGAUAGUGUAACCGGCCACAACAGCCCCCUGUACAAGAGGAAGGAGGAGACUGGAUCUGCUGCCGAACUCAAUGUUGACUUUGGAGUGAAGUACUGGAUACAGAAGGGAGCUCCGGCUAACAAGCUGAUCUUGGGUAUGCCCGCCUAUGGCCGCAGCUUCUCACUUUCGUCCUCCAACACCGGCGUGGGUGCCCCGGUCUCUGGGGGUGGGACUCCUGGCACCUACAGCGGAGAGGUCGGCAUGCUGAGCUACUACGAGGUCUGCUCCUGGAAAGGAACCAACAUCCAAAUGAUUGAGGACCAGAAGGUUCCUUAUGCGGUUCUGAACAACCAGUGGGUGGGUUUUGACAACAUUGAGAGCCUCACAACCAAGGUCCAGUACUUGAAGCAGCAAGGUCUGGGGGGUGCCAUGGUGUGGACCCUUGACUUGGAUGACUUUGGAGGCACCUUCUGCAACCAGGGCAAAUAUCCGCUCAUCCGGGCACUGAGGAAGGAACUGGGUCUUCCGCUCAAGCCCUAAGUGUCCACCGGACCCUGGGAGAAGCUUCUGUGAGCUUCUGUACACCAGCCCCGAGGACAAGAUCAGGUUCUACAUCACACCCAAGGGCAGACGUUGAAGCAAAGGUGCCCAACAGACCUUAUCUCCUACUUUCCCUGCUCCUGCCAUUGGCCCUGAAUCAGCUGAUCCCUGCCCCAGGCUCUAAGCUCCCCCCCUCCCAUGAGCA